AUGGCCUUGAAAGACAUGUUCAGAAACACAAUCACGAACUUCCAGGCGUCCAUCGGGCGCAAUUUUCGGUUUCGUGUCCUUCGCGGGCGCUCUGAUUGGCGGCUAAGAGCCACUUCGCGCACCAACCUCACUCAAAUAUAUGAUGGCCAACGGCACAGGAGAUACAUCAAACGUGCAAAUCCUCCCCACAUCCAAGUACAACAGGGAGAGCCAUUUUUCGAAGAGAUUCAGGCAUACAAUAAACAUUUUUUAUCCCUAUUGGAGUCGGAACAAAGAGAGGAUGAAGCAGUUUUGAGGGAGCGACUAUCCACUUGGUCGUUGUUUCGAUUACAAGAAGAAGGGUAUACGAUGACGGGUCUUUCUGCUUUUUGGAUGGGCGCACCAAAGUUCGGACGUUUUGUAGCUUCAUUUUCUCUUGGUCCUGGUAUCGACUUGCCAGAUCAUAGGUUUGAGAAUGGUACACAAGUUCUCGUUUCGAGAUUCGAUCCCCUUCAAGAGCCACCACGCCGAGGAAGCGUCCUUAACAAGACUGCGUCACAGUUGCGCGUAGCAUUUGAAGAGAAAUUCGAGGUUGAAGAUGGCUGCUGGCGCUUGGACGUUGGGCGGUCCAACAUCGUGUACAUUCGUAUGCGAGAAGCCAUUUCUCGUUUCAAUCAAGACCCGCAAGCGCUAGCAGACCCAACUCAUUUGAUAUCCUCUCCAGACAACCAGUUUAUUCUCCACGGAACACAUUUGCGAGACGUCUUGUUGCGCUCAUUUUCCCCGGAUAGACCAUCACUGCAUACACCGUUGCAACCUCCAGAUGAGGUUAAGUAUGUGCCUCGAGGGAGGCUUGAGCAUGACAGUCGAGAGGUGCGAGGGCACGGAGGCGCGUUCAAGGAAGACAUGCACAUCCAAAGCUGGGCAAGGCGAUAUUCACAGGUCAAUCCAAUUGCAAUAGAUGGUGAUCCGGUCCUUGAGGGCCUGAAUGCCACGCAGAUUCGGGCUAUUGCCAUGAUGAUUGGCGAAAGGAUCAGUCUCGUUCAAGGACCGCCUGGUACGGGCAAAACGAAAACCAUCAUCGAAACCGUGAAAUUACUCAAGGUUCACUUUGAAGUGCAUCACCCUCUUCUUGUCUGCACUUACACCAAUGUUGCGGUUGAUAAUCUCGUGGAGGGUUUUGCAGCGGCUGGCGUGAAACCCCUUCGAGUCGGGUUCGGUGCUAAAAUUAAAUCGUCUCUAUACGAGUAUACUUUAGAUGCGAAGCUGGAGGCGCAUCCUCUCAGGCUUAAAGUCGACCAACUUCUGAAAGACCAGGAAAAUGUGGAAAGAAAGUUGGGCGCGCUGGAACAGAGAAUCGAUGUAGCUGAAAAAUUGGGCAGUGAAAAGCUCAGUAGCAUGCGGACUGCGUUUACAGCAUUGGAGAGGCAAGUUUUGGCGCUGAGAGCGAAACUGUAUGCGCAUCAUCAGGAAAUGCUCAACGAUAUCACUGCUGCGGCUGACGUAAUUUGCACAACGUGCAUCACGUCCGCCAGUGCCGCACUCAAUAUUCUUGACUUUCCUGUUGUGUUCUUAGAUGAGGCCUCCAUGUCGACAGAGCCAGCGUCACUUAUUCCUUUGAUGCGAGGAUCUCGACAUGUUGCCUUGAUUGGAGAUCACAAACAAUUACCUCCCGUCAUUGCCAGUCGCGAGGCGCAACUUAACGGCCUUGGGAUCAGUCUAUUUGAAAGACUUACUGAAGAAGGAGUUGUUCCAUCAAUUAUGCUUGAUGUGCAGUACAGGAUGCACCCUUCCAUUUCUAGAUUUCCAUCGCUAGAAUUUUAUGAUUUUGCUUUGCAAGACGGGACGGUGGACUCUGCUGGUAACAUACACCCCAUGUUACUACCACCGCUGUCAAGUCACCUCGAGCAAAAUGCUCUCACUGGUCACCGUCCCUCUGUCGUAUUCAUUGAUCACGGUGGUGCAGAAACUCUCAAGGACCGCAGCAGGGUGAACUGGAACGAGGCUCACAUUGUUUGUAGCAUCGUUGAAGACCUACUCUUGCAAAACGAGAACUUGCAAGGGGCGAACAUAGGUGUCAUCGCUCCAUAUGCUGCCCAGAUUUCACUCUUGUAUCGCCUCCUAAACACCGAUGCCAAGUAUCGCAAGCGCUUCGAAGCCACUCUUGGCGACCGCCGAAUGAUGCAGCUUAGCGGUAUCGAAGUGAAGACGGUGGACGGAUUCGAAGGACGGGAGAAGGACGUCAUUAUCUUUUCGACCGUGCGAAAUAAUACUUCGGGGUACAUUGGGUUCCUUGCUGACAGACGUCGAUUAAAUGUUGGCCUGACGCGUGCGAAGAGAGGGCUGUUCGUUGUUGGGAGUAUUAGCACUCUGAAGGCUGGGAAGAUGGCCAAGGGAUGGUCAGGUGAGAGUCCUGCAAGGGUGGGUAAAGGGGCUGAGGCUUGGAGGAGAUACGCGAAAUACCUCCUCGAGGGGAACAUGGUGCUGACCCUUAGCGGAGAUAGACUAAGGAAAAUGCUGUACGGGCAUGCGCCAAGGUGACGUCGAGCUGAGUCUUUUCACCUGCUGGAUCACUGUACAUAUUAUUGGUCAUUGGUCUCGUAUGUUUUAUUCUUAGCGUUAUUGUGUCGCACUGCC